UAAAGUCUCCUCUUUUUCUCCCAUAAAUACCUAUCCAUUUACACUCACUUCUCAUCAAUCCAAAAUUCCCCUCUUUUCUUUAACAAAAAACAUGACUAAAGAAGUUGAAGCAGUAACAGAGAGACCAGCAGAAUUUUCUGCAAAAGACUAUACUGACCCUCCGCCAGCACCAUUAGUGGACUUUGAGGAACUAACACAAUGGUCAUUUUACAGGGCAAUUAUUGCUGAAUUCAUUGCCACUUUGUUGUUCCUUUAUGUUACUAUACUGACAGUGAUUGGAUACAAACACCAAUCAGAUUUGGCUAAUGGAGGUGAUGUAUGCGGUGGUGUUGGUAUUCUUGGUAUUGCUUGGGCUUUUGGUGGCAUGAUUUUCAUUCUUGUUUACUGCACUGCCGGUAUCUCUGGAGGACACAUCAACCCAGCAGUGACAUUUGGGCUGUUCUUGGCAAGGAAAGUAUCACUAAUCAGGGCAGUUUUGUACAUGGUGGCCCAGUGUUUGGGUGCAAUUUGUGGUGUGGGUUUCGUCAAGGCUUUCCAAUCAGCUUACUACAAUAGGUAUGGUGGUGGUGUUAAUGUUAUGGCUGGUGGUCAUAACAAGGGUGUUGGAUUGGGCGCGGAGAUUAUUGGUACCUUUGUUUUGGUCUACACUGUCUUCUCUGCCACUGACCCCAAGAGGAGUGCCAGAGACUCUCAUGUCCCUGUGUUGGCACCACUUCCAAUUGGAUUUGCUGUGUUUAUGGUUCACUUAGCCACCAUACCAAUUACUGGAACUGGCAUUAAUCCAGCUAGGAGUUUUGGUGCUGCUGUUAUUUACAAUGGUGACAAGGCAUGGGAUGAACACUGGAUUUUCUGGGUGGGCCCAUUCAUUGGAGCAUUUGCCGCCGCCCUCUACCACCAGUUUGUACUCCGUGCAAGUGCUAUCAAAGCUCUAGGUUCAUUCAGGAGCAACGCCUAAAAUUAAUUUUCCAAUGAAUAAAGAAAAUUGUAGAUAAUUAAAAAAAAAAAAAAGGUGUUUGGUUUUGAUCCUAUGAAUCUCCCUUUCUCUUGUGUAUUUAUAAUCUAUUUGUAUUUGUUUUUGUUUUUCCAUCUAGCCUCUUCUUGUAUUUGUUUUUGUUUUUCCAUCUAGCCUCUUGUAUCUUUGAAUUAUUGUUCCUUCCUCGUAAAUUAAAGUUCAUGUUUUGUCC